AAAUUUAUACGAUACGCGUAAAAUGUAGAGAAAAAAUUGAGGAAAAUUUAUUAUUUCUAACGAAAAAUUACUAGAAAAAUGUGUAAUAAAAUAAAAAUAACGUUAAACUAUAAACUAGUGUUUAAUAAAUCAAUAAAUUAAAACGAAUAAAGUGUUUAAUUUGUAAAUAAAUGAUUACAUGACCCAACCCUAAAACAACAACCUAAAGUGGUAAAAAUCGAAGUCACAACAAAGAAAAAAUAUAUAAAAUAAAACGAGAAAACGAAGGAAAUAAUUAAAUUUUCCAGCGAAAAAAAUAUACAAAAUCAAUGUUAAAAGUGCAAUAAAUAUAUGAAAUAAAUUAAAUAUAGGAAAAAAAUUAACAACACAAUGGAUCUAAAAGAAGAUGGUAGAAGUGAUUUCGGGGAUAGUAUUGGUUUCCCGGAAGGAACAUACAAUACAACUGGUGGCAUACCCUUGGAAAAUAUGAAAAUCGAUGCACCUAUGAUAUGGUUGCUUUGCUCUCUUCUAACAUCAAUAACAUGGGUAACCUACAUAACAUUCUACAAUUCUCGUUUAAUUGGCAUGCUAAUAACAAAAAUAGCUAAUCGUUGGUUCAUCAAAGGAGCAUAUUUUAAAAUUGGUUCUGUAGCCUUAAAUCCUUUAGCUGGUAAAAUAAUGUUUCGUGAUUUUGUUUAUAUAACCUAUGAUUAUUCGGCGCGUAUACAAGAUGGUUAUUUUAUAUUUCGUUGGUGGCGAUCAUAUGUGCCAAAAGAUGUAUCAGAAGAUCUGUCACAUUCGGAUACAAGAUUAUCCGUACAAUUAAAUGGCUCUGAAUUACAUAUUUAUAAUCGUUCUGAUUUAUAUGAUGAAUUAGAAAGAACAUUUGGCUUAAAGCCUUCUCUACUAAUACCGACCGAUUCUCUAUCAACCGAAGAACGUUCGAAAUUAAAAGAACAUACCAUGAAUAUGGAAAAUGCUCGUCAUAGCAAGCAUCAAAGUGUUAAACAUUCCGAAGCUAUGAAAGCCACAACAUGGCGUGAUCUCAUACCUGUGAUUAAACUUGAUAUCUGCUCAGGACGUUUUGUCUUUGGCAAUCGUCUUACACCUACCACUCUAUCCAUAUCGAUGGAAGAAGCUCACUGUACUUAUAGUACAAAGCCUGCCGUUUGUCGUCUAGAUCAUUUUAUGCAUUUCGUCAAGGCCAAUGUGGAAAAUGCUAAAGUUAUGUUUGCUCCCAGUCCCAAGUAUACGGGAUUGGUUGAUGAACCACCCCGUUAUAUGGGUGAAGGUUUUGUGGUCAUGAUGUCAAAUCAAAUGGAUUUAUAUUUUUAUAUGGAUGAACCGGGUGUAGUGCCGGAGGAACCUGUACAUAUUAUUUUAGCAAAUGGUGAUAAGGUUGAACCUUUGCCACCGGUUUUGGGUAUUGAUAUCAAGUGUCUGAAAGGCACUGAUUUUAGUUAUGGCCCCUGGGCGGAUAGACAAAGGGAUCAUUUGUUUAAUUUUUUCUAUCCACCUGACUGGAAAGAAAUGCAAGUAACCGCCACACCCAAACCGGGAGAAUUAAGAAGUUACCAAUCAUUUGAUGUUACUUUGUGUGUUUUAAAUGAAGCCACCAUUGAUAUUUUAUUCUCUAAAGAAAAAGAAACCAAUGCUAUGCAUAUAACAGUGGGUCCAGCCUCUUAUGUAGAAGUGACCAUACCCUGGGUUACGCUAUCAGAUGGUUAUACCUCUAAAAUACAAGGUCAACUCUUUCAUGUAGAGGCCACCACUUCAUUGCAAUAUCGCAGUUUAGCAGAAUUCGAAUCGUUAGAGUAUAAGGUACGCAUACAUUAUCCCACAAAGUGGAAUGCACCUCAAGAUUGGAGCAUAGCGCUGACCGGUUGCAAAGCCACCGCCUAUAUUGUCUACAAACAUAAAUGUUUCUUUCAAGAUCUCAUAGAAGAUUGGGCUAGCAAAGCUAGACCCGAUAUUUUAACUUUUGUGCCAUAUACUUGUAAAUUUAAUAUUCUACUAAAUGAAUUUGAGAUCUUGACUUUGUGUAAUGAAUACAAUUGGAUUGAUUGCUCUAGCGCGAAUCAGGAAAAUAAUCAUUUGGCAUUUUGUGGUGAUGUAUUUGAUAUGAGCUUUGCUUUGCCGUUUGAUGAUUUUCUGCCUAAAACGGUGACUUUAAAGUUUUGGAUACAUGGAGAGGGUUUGGAUUUGAGUUUAUAUGUGCCAGAAGUGUCCUCCACUAAACCUAUUGUUUUGGCCAUAGAUGAAAAUGCACGUCUAUUAACACGCGGUGGCAAAGUUAAAACUAGACCUGAAUUGUAUACCAAGAAAUGGCGUAAAAUUUGUCAAAGAACAUCCGGUUGGAUUGAUUGUUGGACUGUACCUAUUGUAGCAUUAUCCAUACAAUACGUUUAUCAUCCCGUGCCACCCUUAGGACCAGAUCCUCAAGCUGAUAUAACAACACCUGAAAAAGAAGAAAUUUUGCUCAGUCCUAUGCGUAUACCGCAGACUCGUAAGUCUCCCAAUCAAAACUGGCAAAAGCCAGAACAAUAUAAAUUUGAUCCUGCCACUUUGCCGGCAGAUCAUGUUACGGUAGAGCUAGAAAUUGGCUCUUCUGUACUCAUGUGCUAUGGUAAUGUUUUAAGGAAUUUCAUAAAUCUUAAGGAGAACAUAUUUGGUGAAGAUCAAAAUUUUACCGAUAUGGAACAAUCGAAUAUCAAAACAAAAGAUUCAUCUACGGCAGCGCCGGUCAAUCCCAAAGAUCAAUUACUAGUUAAAGAUAAAGAUCUCGCCACAAAGUCCAUAUCUGAGGUCACCGUUCCGGAGGAGAAACAAAAACCUUUCGAUCCUCGUCUAUAUAGACCACUUGAAGUUAUAGUAUCAGUUAUCAUACACGAUAUACAGGCUCAUGUUAUGAAGAAUUGUAAUGAAAAUGAUCCACCCUGCCCGGUUGUGUUAAUAGAACGUUUAGGUUUUGAAAUGAAUAAACGUUAUCAUGAGACUACACUGCAGGUUUUAGUAAGUCCUUCGUAUUUAAUAACAUCGGAUACGGUGGUGAGACAAAAUCGUGAUAAACAUAUAAAUCAGGGUCACCUAAUGCUGUCUGCUGUACAGGUUCGUGGUCAUGCAAUGUUCAGUAAUGAAGGUUGUGCUUUAGACGAAGACACGCUAGAAUACUCAUGGCUGGUGGAGGUACAAUUGGGUAAAUUAUCGGGAAAGCUAACGUUACCACAACUAUUUAAUGUGGCUGUUGGCCUGGAGACUUUAGUUCUCUUGGCAGUAGAUCCAGAAAAUUGUCUUAAAUCUCCGAAGACUGUACGCAAUUGUCAUCAUGGUGUGCCCAGUAAUCAGUGUCCUCAUACUAAAGAGGAAAAUAAAUACAAGUGUCCCUCGGCUGAAGAUAUUAAAUAUAAAAUGACUCGUGUUUCCGUGGAUGCUGUUGAUGUUUAUCUAAUAGAGAGUGGAACAGCACUGCAUGCAUGGAUCUCUCCUAUACGUUUGGCUAAUUGUAAUCUUCAUGGCCAACGUGUGAAAUCGGGUAUAUCCGGUUUAUUACCUUCAAUUUUAAUAAGACUGUUUAUGUUAAAUGCUGGUUGUACUUCAAAUAUGACAAACUCUUAUAAUACAAAUACCACUGGUAGCAAUAGAUCUGGAAAAAUACGACGUGCAGAUCAAGAUUCUGUAAAAUCAGAAAUAUACCAUAAUACACAUCAGCCUGCCCCUCAUCAGGGUAAAUCGAAACGAAGCUCUAAUUCAUUUUCACAAAGACGCGACUCGCGUGACGAAAGUUCUCGCAAAUUACGUGAUAGUUUUUCAGAAUGUCGUCGUCCGUUGGCCUAUGACAGUGAAUUCUUUGAAAAUUGGGUAGAAGUAGGUUGUACAUCAUUGGGUCCUAUACUUCUAGAGGGAGCAUCGGCAUUACCAAUACCCGAUCAUAAAUUACAUUUAGUGCAACAUAACUUUUUACGUGAACAUGAUGUUAAAACUAAACGUUUGUGGUUUCUAUGGUCUAAUACUACUAAUGCUAAUGCUGUAGGUGGUGUUGUUGAUAUAUCUCGUUGUGGUUGUAUUGGAGGCUGUGCCUUUUUUGGCAGUAAUCGCAAUGGUUUGAAAUUUUUCAAACCCUCAGCCCAAGAUUUGGUUGAUAAUUAUAAUAUAGCCAGAUAUUUCAUUAUUAAUAACAAUAAAGAUUUUGGCUUUGGUGAGAGUAUUUUGCAUCAAGGACAAUUAGUUUUUCAUACUCCCCCUUAUAGUUUACACUCAGUCUAUCUACAUGAUUCAGCAGACUUUACAGGAAAGGGUAAACUGUAUCGUCCUGCUGUGGCUGUUAAUGGCAGUCUUAAGAAAUCUGAUUUAGCCGGCAAAGAACUCAAUAGCAAAAUGAAAAUUGGUGGUGCUUCUACUUUGGAAAAGGAUAUUAAUGGCCGCAAAUCAAGAGAAAGUAUUGGUUCUCCUAAUACUUUGGAACGGCGCACUAAACGUUAUUCUACCACACGUCAAACCUCGGUAGAAGUCCCAUAUGCUCGCCUCUUAGAUAGUCCUUCGAAAAAGGUUUUAAGACAAGAUUCCACAGAAUCUCAAGGUGUUGUUUAUCGUCGUGGCUCCGAUUCUAAUAAGUCACAAAAUAACACCUUACGCGUUUCACCACCCAAAACUAGUAUCUCCGAUUCUCGUUUAACUGGUGAAGUUAAUGUGGAAGAUGAAUUAGAGAUACCCGAUGAAAUGUCCCAUUCGGCGCCACAUUCUCAUCCUUUGGAAUUUGAAAUUGCCGAUAUAAAUAUACAAAAUCAAAUGCCAGUUGAUUUAACUAAUGGUGAUCAUUUGACGCGUGAAGUUCAAAGAACAAUUUCACUAACUUCGGAAAAUCCCUCUGAAAUGUUUUUCUCUGCCGAAGAGGAUAUAUCGAAUAUGAUGUCUCAAAGAGGUUCAAUUAAGAAUCAUAAUGGUUCUAUUAUUUUUUCGGGCAAAAAACGUUUUUCAUCGGAUUUAAGCAUUGGUAAUCAAAAUGAAAACGCCACAUUAUCAUCCCUAAAUACUUAUCGCAGUGAUUUAGAAAUACAUGCACCUGAGCCCAAUACAAAACCUUUAACUAAACGCCCACAAAGUACCACAGAAUUGAACGAAGACGUCAGACGUAUUCAUGGUCUUGCUACACCAAUCAGAAAACUAACAAAUAUCUCAUCAAGACCUGAGUAUCGACAUUUUAUUCAUGAUCUAUUGGAAAAUGAAGAUAUCACUAGCGAUCUAACGGAUAAGGAACUUAAAUUGGCUUUAAGUGAUUUAUCCCUUAAAGAUUUGAAUACUUUACAAAAAUUUAUUGACUCGGCUGAUUCUAAAGAUAUUGAUUAUCUAAAUCAAAGAUUUAUAAACACGAAUGCUAAGACUUUAGAUGGAAACGACUUUGAGGCUCAAGAUUUCGAUAACAUAAUGUAUUAUAACCCCGAAAAUGAAGACUACAAUUUUGAGCCCCUUAAUAAUAAAAACGAUUUGAGUUACUAUAUAAAUUCAAAAGAAGAAAAUCAAAGAGCUAAAAGAGAUGAUCAAAAGAUUAAUACAAAUGAGGAAUAUUUAAAACAAUUGGAUUAUUCAUUUCCCCAAACUGUACAAAUGGUUGAAGCUGCCAUACCAACAUUUUCGAAUAUGCAUUUAUUAACUGUGGUGAAUUACAUACACUCUUCUUGUAUAGCCAAAGUUAAGAAUGACAACAUUUUGAAACGUGAUCAAUCUUUGAGUUAUUGGUCACAGGUGCAUUCUAACUCUAAACGUUCGACAACCGAACGUAAUUUAUUAGGGCCUGGCGAUUCUUUCUUAAGUGAUGUUUAUGAAGAAAGCAUAUCGACCAAGACCCAGGGUUUAAUUGUUUUACCCAAAGUCAGCAUAACCAUGUUACAAUCAUCCAUAAUCGAAGAGAUAAUUUCAGUGGCUGCCUUGGAUAAUGUACAGGAUCUUAGUUGCGUGUCCUUAUUGACAUUCUACAUAGAAGGUGUUUCCACUAAAUUUCAUUUGGGUAAAACUACCCGUGCCUCCAUGCACAAUGUCUACAUACAACAGACAGUGCAGUCUGGCAACAGCAAUAAAAAGGGAGGUAUUAUGAAGGGUACCAGAGCUUUGCUGGCACAUCUAUCUUCACAAUCUCGCCCUGAUAAUGUGCAAGGAGAACCCAUACUAAUCGAAACUUCUGAAAAACAACUUGAGGAAUUGGUAAUAACUCUAGAUGUGGGUCGUGCUCAUGCUCAACUAAGACGUUUAAAAACGGAAAGCACCACAGGACAAGAAUCUCCUAUUAUGGUUACUGCUAUACCAGAACCUAAGAGUAAAGUUUUAUUUGAAUGCCUAAAAAUGACCGAUAAUACGGGAGUCGAUAGCAUUGGUUACAUAAUGUUUGAAUGUGGCUUAGAGGGAGUUGGUGUAAAGAUAGUUAAGCGAUCACAUUUUGAAAAAUCAGAAAAUUCCAAAGAAGAACUAGCUGAAAUGGCGGAAGAAGGUUUAAAUGAGUUGGUGGAGACAGCUACCACCACCGCUACAAAUAAUCCACAAAUAGAUGUUUCGGCCACCUCUAGAGCGGAGGCUGCCUGGCGUUUAUUAACUAAAAAACCGCCCACACCUAAAACUCCUAAAGAAAAAUUCCAGACUGCUUUGGAAAAUAUCAUUGUUACCGAACGUCCAGAAAUAAAUAGUGAAAAUCGUAAAUCUACUCCUAAACCACCAGAUGAAGAUGUGGAAAAGGGUAAAAUGAAUAAUGGACAAAAGAAGCAGGAACCAUUUGAUAAAGUGGCAAAUAAGGAAAAUGAUAAGACUUCGUCAUGUGUUAUUGAACUGAAAUCGGUGUGGCUUAAUUUUGCAGCUCCACCUUGUGUGCCUAUUACGAGAAAGAUAGAUUUGACACGUUUAGACUGGAAUUUACUUAGUACCGCUUCGCCGGCCAUAACAGCUUGGAUGAAUCCUAGCAAUCGCUUGGCUAUAAAAAUUGUAGCUCUAUUAAAGGCUUUACAUUCGAGACAAACAGCUGUUACUGCUUGUUUAAUGUCUGAUGCAUUAGAGAAUGAGAAGAUACAAAGAAAUCCGAAAAUUAAGAAGAGUCGUUAUGCCAACAACUAUACUUUACUAUCGAAAACACUUCAAGAGGAUCCAAGUUGCCAAUUAUGUUUCAUUAUGCAGAAGCUAGUGCUGGAUGAUGGAGUUCAAAAGGUUGAGCGUAUAUUCAAACAAGGAGAUAUACCCCAUCUAAACACCUUAAGACAGGGCAUUAUUGUUUUGAGUCGUCAGUGGAAAAAUUCUCUGUAUAAUCCCAUACUUUUCGAACAUCAAUAUAAAAAUAAACUAAUACGUCCGAUUAAUGUGACAUUUUCAUUCCCUCAAAACGAAGAGGAAGUUGAUGAUGGCGAAUGUGAAGCUGAUAAUGAUAUGGGACCAUAUGCCGGUGUUGGAGAUAAUCCUGAAGAGAGUGAGAAUGCUUUAUUACUUGGGCAAACACAGCAUCAUCGAACUCAUAUUGACUCGACACAAUUUGGUUUGGGUUUUACUGCAGAUGACGUUUUACAUGGAGCACAUAGGUCCACAUCUACAUCACCCAAUAUACAUUUAACAAGAAAAGGAAAAAGCAUUGGCAAAGGUUCCCAAUAUUCUCAUGGUAACUCUUCCCGUUCUAGCAUACAAAUGCUGCCAAUUAUAUCGGGUUUAGUCGAUAAACAAGUGCCUGAAAUAGAAUAUGGUGCUCUUCAGGAGGGUUCUUUAAGUUCAACAAAUUCGGUGAAUAAAUUCUGGUUGGGUAGUGAUAAUCAAAAAGAAGAUUUAUACUUUUGGAUGGCUAAACAACAGGAUAAUAAUAAAAAGAAAGAUAACUUUGCUAAGGAGGAAAUUUUAAGACCUACACCGGUGAAUAAAAUUCCCGGACAAACACAAUCACGUCAAGGCAUUAUGCAGGAUUCUAUAAAAUUAUUAGAUGCUCAUUUGAUCUUUGAACCUUUGCUAACCUGUUUGGGUGUUAUGCCGCAACAAAUGGUGAAUAAAUUUCAAAAUGCUGACAUUUCCUCAUUGGAAAACUUUGGAACAAAUCUUUCACUUAUCGGCACCUUUGACUCCAUAAGAGUUGACAUAGUUGUCUCUGAAGCGGGUGAUAAAAACAAGAAUAAACCCACUAAACUACCAAGUAAAAAAUCGAAUGGUCGUCCCUCUAUUAUGAUGGAUACACCAUUAUUUUUAUGCGAACGUGUGGGUAUAGAACUAGAAGUUCUUAAAAUGUCUGAUGGCAUGGUCGAUCAAGCCAGACAAAAUGUUAUUUAUAUGUCAAGACGUCAAUUAAAGAAACAUACUAGUACGGUUAUAAAUUUUUCCAUAAAUAUAAGAUUUAUAUCGCAGCAGGUUAAUAUGCCCCUAUUAAGAUUGCUGCAUCAAAUUACGAAUAUGUAUCAAAAUGUCAAAGAUGCUCAGCAAGAAUUUCAUGAUCAACCGGAUAUAAGUAAGAAAUCGAAUGCCAAGGAUGAAUACAGUUUGGCCUCCGAACCAAACGAUAUCAUGCCAUUUGGUUCGGUAUCCGAUCGUUUUGCUCAUAAUGAAAAUUCCUCAGAUGAACGUUAUGAUAAAUUCAAUGAAAUGAUGACCAUGAAUCAUAAUUCCUCUGGCAAAAUGCGUGGAACCUCAGGCUUAGGACCCCUCAUACAAUUAACACCUUCGCCUAGUGCCAAAAAUCGUCCUCAAUCGUUUGCUCAAAAACUAAGAUCAACUGGUAAAUCAGUCAAAGGUAAACUAGGCUAUACUAAUCUCAAUGAGUCGAGCUCCUCGCCCUUGCGUGACAGUCCUACAACAUCAGUAUCCGAACAUCAUAUGUUUAAAAUGUCUUUAGAAUCAAAGCAAUCCUUGAAUGGCGCCUGUGCCACUAGUGUUAGUGGUGAUUAUAAUACCAUAACUAAAAAUGGUUUUAAUAAUCUAAUAUCACCUCUAUUGGAAACGCCAAAUUGUUGGAAAACUAUUUAUCAUUUGUUGGAAUUAUAUGGCACUAUGCCGGAAACGAAAACUGUACAACAGCGUAUUUCAUUGACAAAUGAAAAGAAAGCUUUUAACUAUAAUCGUCAAGAUACACGUAAUGAUGAUGAUGAUUUGACAAGUGCCCCAACACCACUGCCUCAACAUAAGGAGCUAUUUGAUAGUAUAUCACAGGAAAGAACACGUCUGAUAGUCUUUGGUGUGGCUAAAAUACAUAAAACACGUUUGUUAGCCACUUUAAGUGGUUUAAAAUUGGAAGCGGAAAUAACUACUCUCAAUGGUUCGGCUACUUGGCGCAAAAAGGCUAGACCAGUGUCUUUGGAGUGUUCUUUGACGGGACAAGUGGGUAGAGCCAUGAUAGUGUUGUUAGAAGGCGUGGCACCAAAUCAACAAACUGUUGUCAAAGUUACCAUAGGCAAAAGUCAAACUCUAUACUCUAGUCUCACAAAACGGGGACGUGAUAAAAAUAGUGGUCUUCUAUCUAUAGGACCAGUAAAUAUAGAUAUACCCCAACAUCCGGUGGCUUUACAUGGUAUGAUGACUAGAUCCUCUAAACAAUUGUCAUCGACAUUGCAGGAAUUACGUGUGGGACGUAAUUCGGGACGCACCACCUCUCGUUCGCAUAAUUUAGAUGAACCCGAAUCACCUUUUCAUUCACGUAACUCUGGUUCCAAUAUGGAUUCUAAGGAAAAGCCACAGCAACAAAAUCGUAAAUUCAAUACACAAACGAAACAGCAAACACAACAAAAUGGCUUGCUGCAGCCUUUGGUCAUGCAGUUUAAUGUACUGUUGCAAUCACUAUCCAUAAAUGCUGCCUUGUUGCCUUCCUUGCAGGCUCAGUAUAGAAUGAAUCAUGUUAGCUCGACGGGUGUAUCAGGAAAUCGUGCUAAGUUUGUUAUAGAUUUACCAACGCAUACACUGAGUUUUAAUACUAAAAUUCAGAAUGAAAUGAAUUUACCUUCGGAAGCUUGUAUAGCUUUGCCUCCCGUACACGUUAGUGCUGAAUAUGUGCCCGAACAUAGACAAGAAGAUAACGAUCAUGUAGAGGGUGUAGUGUUAAGACAAGGUGGUUAUGUCAAUGCCUCUGCUGAAAUAGGAGAAUUUGAACGUUGUUUAACUACCGAUUUACUUAAUCAUUUGGUUUUUGUACAAAAAGUAUUUAUGCGUGAAAUAAAUGAAGUCUUACAAAAAGUCUAUGGUGGCGAGAAACCGGUACCUCUGUGGUCGGAGGACAGUGAUAGUGGCAGUGUUCAGGAAUCAAGUCUAAAACGUAUACUCUUCUCUAUUAACAUUUCCAUGAAACGUAUACAAUUGACGGCCACUACACCCUGUAAUUCAGCAGUACGUUUCGAGACGGGCACUUUAGAGUUACAUCUUUCAAAUCGUGUUAAGAAUUUGGGUGAGGGUAAUGAUCGUAAAAUGUUUGGUAAGGCUCAUAUAGAUUUCAAUUUAUCAUUGGGUCAAUUGAUACGUAACGUUAUAUUUGAUGAGGCCGAACCAGAGUUCCAACAAUAUGCGUUUUUUCAUACAACUAUCGGUUUGCGUAAUGCAUUCCAAGAUGAAUUACUUAACGAAGAUAAAGAAUUGAUAUUGUUAACGUUAAAACGUCCUUUGGUAUACAUUCAACCGAUAGCUGUUGAUAAGGCCAUAUUAGUGUGGUUGAACUAUAAAAAUGCUUAUGAGUAUUGGGCUGAAAAGCGGGCAAAUUUGAGUUAUGAAAAUGCUCAACAGACACAGCAGCAGGUUUUCGAUAGGGUGGCAUUUGGUCAAUUUAGCAAUAUAGCUGGUUCGAAUUUAUCUACCUUAUUUUUGCAAUUAACGGUAGAAGAUAUGGGCAUUUGUUUGCCCCUAAAUCAAGUGGCUAAUUCCUGGGGUUCUCGUUCAUAUCAAGACUUCGAACCUAAAGGUGCCGUUGUCAUAACAUUAGAGAAUACCAUAAUAUCGGCUUGUAACUCGGGCUCUUUAGUUUCCAAGGGUAAAUUCCAAGGUCUGUGUUUACGUUUUGCCGAUGACUUUGAGACAACUCUAGAUGACUGGAAACCCAAUCACAACGAGCCCAUUAUGAACGUGUGUGUAGUGUCGGAAGGUACCUAUGAAGUAUGUUCUCGUACAACGGCUGCUAAGAAAAUGGAGAAUGCCAAAUGGUUGCUAAAUGUUAAGUGGCAAAUGGAAGGUGUUGAUAUACAUUUGGAUAUAAAUAUAGGCAAACAUUUGUCGUCUUUGGGUCAUACUCUAACUAUGCUGACCGGAUUUGAAGAGGAAGAAACCAAUUUGGAAUCCCCGGAUAGUGAUGAAGGUGAACAGGCGACACGAGAUACAUUCGGUCGUAGAAGAGAAUUUGAAAAUUUGCCAUCAUUUGUUUUCGAUCCAACCAUUGACUCUAAAAAGCGAUCAUUUAUGAUGGAAAAGGAAAUGGCGGAACAGUUGAAGAUUAUUAAUGAUUUGCGAACUUUAGGAGCUACACACAAUACCAUAGCCCAUGAGGAGAGAAGAUUGCAGGAACUACAGGCCAUAUGCUAUAAAUACUUUAGACGUGAUAUGAUACAAAAAUGGCGUAGACCAUCGAUGAGGCGAAGCAUGCGUACCUCACAAAGAUCCAUAUCAUUUAUAGGUUCUCAUCGUGAUCAUAUCGAAGAUGGCAUAGCCACAUACUCAGGCAGACGUUUAGAUCCUAUAGCUUCAAAUGAUGAAAUUUCUAGUUUACAAUCUACUCCGGUUUCGGGUCAUUCGAGAAGUGCUUCUUUAAAAACUAAUCCUGCAAAUCGUGUUACUUUCUCUGAGACCAUGAGACAGACUUCAUUACCAAAUAAUGCGGACAGUGAUGAUGAACCGCAAAGCACUAAUUCACAGGAGGCACCCACUGACACGCCUCCUAGUGAAAUUGAUAUAGACGGCACCUCGGUGGAAAUGAGAAGAAAACAUCAGUAUCAGCAGAAACAACAAGAACCGAAUAUAGAUUUUGAAUUGGAUAUUAAAGUGUUGGUUAAUUCGGGAAAAUGCGUUUUACAUACCAAGGAAACUACGGAUGAUAAGUUGUUUGUUAGUGGUCCCACUAGUGUGAAAACCCACAAGAGAGAACGUAGCAUAGGCUAUGACUGGGGCAGUCCUACACCUUCUAGAAGGCAACGCGAUAAAAGUAAAUUACGCUACAAUCCUUCCAAUGCAGCCAUGUUAUCGGAUUUGACUAUAUUCCAUAUACCGGGCUUAGAUGUUAAACUUCAUUAUCAGUCCAAGACAGUGGAGAAUAUAAUUGAGGUGAACCGUAGCACCAGUACAGAUAGUCAUCAUUCUACUUUCUCCGGUGCAAACAGAAGAAUGAGUUCUAAACGUGCGGCUUUGUUUGCCUGGAUGACUUUACAAUCUAUACCAGAGGAGACCAUUAUAUCACCACAUAUUUUGGAAUUUUUAGAGCAAACCUUAGAACCCAUACCCACAAAAGCGGAACAGAGCAGCGGUUCACAAACGCCCUCAAAUAAUCCGGUCAAUUUGGAUAUUUUGCCGGCUAACUAUGUAACAUAUGCCUCUUUCCCGGUGGAUGUAAUUGUUUACUUCCACAUGCAGCCAUCAACAUUUAGAUUUUCUUGUUUACCCGUUUCCAGAGUGGAAUGUAUGUUACAAUUGCCCAGCUUGGAUAUUGUGUUCUCUUCUAAAAGAUCUGCUGAUGAGGACAACCAAAAUCCGUUGGAAACAAAUAAUACAAAUACUUCGACAACAGCGGGAGAAAAGGAUAAAGACAAAACUCCUCAAGGAGGACUUAGUGUUACUGGCUGUUUGGCAGACUUUAAUGUUUACAUAUUUCAUCCUUAUGGUGGCAAGAAAACUAAUAUUAAAGAGGCCCAAUUCUCACCCUUAACCGAUUCGGAACGUAAAGAUUCUUUAUCCAUCAAUGUGGAAUUUGUUAAAUUCCAUAUAACCAGAUGUCGCAAGGUUUACAUAGAACCUUCCACCACUUCCUCGGCGAAAAGACCCAUUGAUCAGUCUAAGGCUGUAGUGAGAUUCUCUACUAUAGUAGAUAUAGGCAGUGCCUCGUUUAAGUAUGAUAUGCGUCGUCUAACAGAAAUAUUAGCCUUCCCAAAGGCCUGGUAUCGCAGAAGAAUAGUAAGACGUUUAUUUUUGGGCGACUUAAGUGUUCAACAGUCAAAUGAUACCGAACACAACCUGGGUACUCCUACCACACCCAAAGAUGGCACCAGGACUAAAACACCAGAUACCACCAAAUCGCCAGCAGACGCAUUUUACACUAGAGAUAAAUUGAAAUUAAACUUUGAUAGUAAUAAUCAAACUACACCCACCUCCUCAACGGGAGCCACUCGCAAACUUAAGAAUUUGGGUAAAUCAUCUAGUAAUGAGUCUUCUAGUACGCCUCCCUCGGAGAAAAAUCAAAUUACUGCCUGGGAAACAUUGGUACUCUUUGCCGUAAAUUUCACUAAACUCAAUGUACAAAUGAAUAUGGGUAAUGUUAUGGGCAAUGUGGUGUGGCUCACAAAAGAUUUUCAAUCGGAUGGCCGCUUAUCUAUAGGCAGUACUGGUUACAAAAAUAUGUAUAUAGGCAUUUACUUGGGUGGUUCCUCGCUAGAUGCCAAGGGUGGCAUAGUGGGUGGUAGUUUUGAGGUGAAUAAAAUCAAUACACGUUUCCAUAUUAAAGAGGAAUCGGGCGUAGAGCCUUAUCACACCAUGGGUUUAAGUUUUAUGGCUUUGGAAUUGAGAUUAGAUUAUAUGGGCACUUCAGUGUUAAUGACGCGCAUUAGUUCAUUUUCGGCCGCCAUGAAAGAUGAAUGGAAAACUUCACUGCAACAGCAGGGAGGAAAUAUUUCACCUCCCCACGAUAAUACCGCACCAAAGGCCAUUAUUUUCAUACAUGGCGAUUUAUCUUGGGAUCAACUACAAAUUAUGAUUUCAAAAUCUACCACUGCCGAUCUACUCAAAAUGUACUACAAAUUAGAGGAAUUUUUCACCCAACAAUUUAAAUCUUCUAAGCGAGUCUUCUCCAGCCUCGAACCUCGUUUGCAUGAACGUAAUGCCAGCAUGAAACGUAGACAACGGCGAGAGCACAAGAAAUCUAUUAACGGUGCCUCCGAGGCAAGUGGUGUUGAUUUGAGUAACACAGACGCCAGACACCAUAGACAUUGGCAGAAGCCUCUGGAAAUGGUAGCUGGCCUGGUUGUACCCACUUUAGUAACACGUCUACCACGUAAUGGCAAUGUUUUGGGUGGUUCUGUGGAAUUACAUGGCAAUAACAUUUCGUUGGCUUGCUUCCACGGCAUUAACUUCAAAUCCAAAUCUUGGGCUUUAUUCAGUUUGAAAUCUCCAUUCAUUAACUUUACCACAGAGGCGCAUCAAGAUUCGAAUAGUCGAGAAGUAUUUGUGACACAAACAUUGACUUCUUGUUUGGGUCAGACAUCGGAAGUGCAGCAACAAAAUCAUUCGAUGGCCAUUGUUAGUCGUAUAACUAGGAAUAUUGUGUUUCCUCCACAAUUUAAGACGCUUAAUGAAUGGUUCCAUUAUGCUUUUGCGAAUAGUGAAAUUGAUGCUGUUGACCGUUUCCCCAUUUUGGAAUGUGAUAGAGAGAUUGCAUCAAAUUCUAUAGAACGAGCCAGGGGAGCAAGUUCUACUAGUUCCAGCAAAUCGCAAGAUCGUGAAGUUAUCUUUGCUUUACCCAGUCUGCAUUUACACUUUAAAACGGAACACAAGCAAGGGCCAACUACACCUCUGCAAACAGCAGAUACUAAACCCGAAGUUGUCUGUAGUUUUACUACAGAAUUUGAUGAUCACAUAUUUGUUACCGUGGAUGCAGAUGCUUUCUUCUUUUUACACGAUUUAAUAACAUCCUAUGUCAAGGAGAAAGAAAAGGUGGUUGGAGCCCAAUCAGUACGUGCCGCCUCACCCAAUUUAUCACAUAAUAUAAGACAUCAGCUGAAACCGUAUGUUAGUGAAGAAAUUACAAAAGAACAACAAAUGCAGCAACAACAACAAUCAUCUACCACAUCGUCAGCUUCGAAUACUCUUUCAUCGAAACAUGCCAGCUCACAAAAUUUGGAUGUUAAUCAACUAACAGCAAACAUGACAACAACAACAACACAUUUGACUAAUAGUAAUCAUAAUCUAAACAACGAUACCAAAGACUCUUCCUCGAAAACAUCAUCUAACAUUAAUAUCAAUUCACAAAAUAGUAGCAAUACAAACAUCACAGCAACUAAUGCAAAUGCUAAUGAUAGCAAACCUGCCUCUAACAAUCAAGGAGCUGCAGCGUCCGCAAAUAAUCCGGCCGAAGACGAUAAUGAUUUAGAGUCUUUCUUUAGAGAUUGGCGACAUUUUGAAUGUCAAACUUGGCAUUUAGAGCCAACUGUAAGAAUUCUUUAUUGGGCUGGCAAAUCCAUAGAACCCUAUGGCAUCGAUUAUAUACUCAAUAAAUUGGGCUUUAGUCAUGCCCGCACCACCAUACCGAAAUGGUUGCAACGAGGUUUUAUGGAUCCAUUGGAUAAAGUGCAAGCAUUAAUGAUGUUGCAAUUACUUAGCAUUAUACGUGAGAAUAAACAAGAGCCUGCAGUAAAAAACAAUAAAAAUUCGAAUUAAUUAAGUUAAAAAAAAACAACUGCAUAUUUUUAAAGCUUCAAGUAGUCUCAAUAAUCAAUAUUGUAGUGGCAAUUAUUAAAAGUACAUCAAUAUUUACAUAAACAAUUAUAAUUUAUAAACAAAUAAUAAUAAUCUAAUGGCAAUAUA